UUUAAAUACGGCGACCAAAAAAAAUGUAAACAACAAAGAAGAAGAAGAAGAAGAGGUCAGCUGACUCAAGCAGGAAAUGGACAGGAGCAAUAUCAGGAGUUCAUUUAGCUAGCUAGAUAAACGUUUAGCGCUUUUUAUUAUCAAGGAGUUUUUAUUAUUUUGUGACAGUUGCAUGAAUUAAAGGGGGAAAGUAUGAAAGGUUUGUACUGCCGAGCCGCUGCGACGGACGCCGAGCCCAAGUUCCUCAUUCGGGAAACGAGUCUCCCGGAGGUCUUAGACAGCCACCUGGUCCGAGUCCAGGUGAAGGCAUGUGGACUCAGCCCGCUGGACCUCAAGCUGCUCGACGACGUGGGCGUCCCGAGAGACCUGAUCCCCGUCGGCAGAGAGGUGGCCGGGGUCGUGCUGCGAGUGGGCGACAAGGUGUCCUUCUUCCAGCCGCAGGACGAGGUUGUCGGUAUUCUCCCUCUGGACUCUCCGUGCUCUGGACUCUUCCAGAAGCCGGGGAAGCUGAGCUCGGUGUGCGCUGCCGGCGCCGUGCGCGACGGCCUCGCCGCCUACACCGCUCUACACACACUCGCUCGCGUGGCGGCGGGACACACACUCCUCGUCAUGGACGGAGCCAGCUCUUUCGGCCUCAUGUGCAUCCAGCUGGCGUGUUUCCACGGCGUGAAGGUUUUCACCACGUCGCACUCGCCGCGCCAACACGCGUUCCUGGAGCAGCUUCGGCCGAGCGUCGGCGUUCAGGAUCCUUUAGUGGCCAAAGUCAUCCCGGUGUUUACGGACCCGUCGGCCCUGCUGCCCCCUGUGGUUCUGGAGGAGACGGGAGGACUGGGAGUCGACAUCGUCAUCGACUCUGGAGUGCGUCUGCAAGAGGAAGAGUCGGAGGCGUCGAAGCUCCUCCCCCACAAACAUGACAUCAUCAGUGUGCUGGGAGUGGGGGGGCACUGGGUCACAUCCCACAAAGACCUGCAGUUGGAUCCUCCAGAUUGCAGAUUGCUGUACUUGAAAUCCGCCUCCAUGUCGUUCCUCAACCACGAAGUGUGGACGGCGUCGACGGCGCAGCAGGGACGAUACCUGCACAUCCUGAAGGACAUCGUGGAGAAGAUGUCUGCCGGAGUCCUCAGACCUCAGCCCGAGGAGGCCGUCCCGCUCUACGAGGCCACGGUUGCCAUGGAGACCGUCCAGCGUCGCCAGAAGAAAAAGGCCGUCGUUCAACUCUGAACCGCUUCAUUUCACUAUAAUAACAUUUUAUCAUGAAUAUAAAAAAUUAACAUACACUCCCUGUUUUUUUUAAGUUAUCCAAAUUACUAGAGUAAACAAACUUGUCAUUAAAAAAAUACUUUGUGCA